GGCAGGAUCUCUUGCGUAGCAGUCUUUCUCUAUGCCCGCGUUGAAGGACGAAGACCCAGCCCUGCGCCAUGGAGGCAGACGCAGCUGUAGCCAGGGAAACCUGGGAACCGUGUACUCCCUCGGGCCACGCUACUCCUGCCCAGGGGCACAGGGGACGGAAGACGUCACCUAAGCUCUCUGAACUGCAGUCUUUAUGGACAGCCAGAUCUUUGCAUUGCAGCUGUAAUUAAAGAAUGCCACCUUCUCACACUGUCACUGAAGAGCCAAACCUUAGAUGCAGAAACAGAUGUUUUAUGCGCUGUCCUCUACAGCAAUCACAACAGAAUGGGCCGCCACAAACCUCAUUUGGCCCUCAAACAGGUUGAACAAUGUUUAAAACGUUUGAAAAACAUGGAUUUGGAAGAUUCCAUUCAAGACCUGUCUGAGUUGUUUUCUUCUAAUGAAAACCAGCCUGUAGCUACCAAACUGUGUGUCAUCCCCAGCCAGCCAGUGGUGGAGUUUGUGCUGAUGAAGAUUUUGGGGGCUUGCAAGUUGUUACUCCGCUUGUUGGACUGCUGCUGCAAGGCAUUUCUCUUGACUGUGAAACAUCUAGGUUUGCAGGAGUUCAUUAUUUUAAACCUUGUCAUGAUUGGCCUGGUGAGCAGGUUGCGGGUUCUCUAUAAAAGUGUUUUAAAAAGGUUGAUUUCUUUAUAUGAGCCCUUGUUUGGAUUGCUUCAAGAAGUCUCUAGGAUUCAACCAAUGACGUACUUCAAAGAUUUUAUCUUUCCUUCUGAUAUUGCUGAAUUUCUAGGACAGUCCUAUUUUGAAGUCUGUAAGGAAAAAUUGCCUACAGCUUUUGCAGCUAAAGGAGUGACUAAAUUGUUAAAUAAAUUAUUUUUAACAAAGCAAUCACCAAAGUUCAAUGAAGAAACCUUACUUGGAAUUGCAAAAAAAGCUAAACAUAUGAAGAUCAACAUACAGAAUAAUGUUGACCUUGGACAGCCUGUAAAGAAUAAGAAUGUCUUCAAAGACAGGUCAUCAGAAUUUGAUGUGAAGACUUAUUGCAAACAGCUGAAAUACAAAGUUACUCAGGAAACCAAUUUUGAGUUUAAAUGUUCUCAGUCCAAACUAAAGACAACCAAACAUUCUUCUCAGAAAGUGAUAGGAACUCCUUGUGUCAGAAGUUUUGUGCAGAGAUUCCGAGAGGCUGAGUCUUUCGUACAACUUUCUGAAGAAAUCCAAAUGGCACUUGUUUGGUGCAGGAGCAAAAAACUAAAGGCUCAGGCCACCUUUUUGGGGAAUAAACUUCUUAAAAGUAACCGGCUUAAACAUGUAGAAGCUCAAGGUAAUAGUUUGCCAAAGAAACUACAGUGCAUAAAAACAUCUAUUUGCAACCACUUUCUCCGUGGCUCAGCUAUCAAAACUUCAAAGCAUCAUCUGAGACAAAGAUCACAGAACAAAUUUUUACUGAGACGAAGGAAACCACAGAGAAAAUUGCAGUCGACUCUUUUAAAGGAAAUUCAGCAGUUCCCUCAAGGGACUCCGAAGGGUGCUAUAGUUUCCAGUGCUAAGUGGAAACACUCACACUGUGCAGUUCAUAGAACUGAUCUCUACCCUAACAAUAAGCAACUCACGAGUAACAGAGUUUCAAGUCCUGUCAUACAGACUAAGGAGAAACAGAUUCAUGGAAAUCUUACAGGACUCAAUGAAGAUGAAACUGAUUCACAGACAAUGAUGCAAGCAGACAAACAUAACACAUCAGGAACCAUUAAGGAGACAGAUGACAUUGAUGAUAUUUUUGCUUUAAUGGGCGUUUAGGUGUUCAUAUGUGAGUUUUAAGUGAUUAAACUAGUUCAGCUUUCUGCUGUUUUAAAUGCAACUACCAAGAUCUGGAACUCGGAGAGGAUCUGCUUUAGUGCUUCAUUGCAUUUACUUUGCCAGAAACUCAUUUGCAGUUCAUCUCAGUUCAGUAAAUAUUUAUAGAAGCUAUUGUGUCUUUAAUCAAGUAUUUUCUGACUUCAAGAGGGUGCCUGGCAUUAAGAUGAAAAAUCUGCCACAGCCUGCCCUUAAGAAGCAGGCAUAAUUUCUUGACUGAGGUUAGGAGGUACCUGAAGAAUUGAAUACUUUUAUGAUUUACUGGGGAAUUAAGACCUGAAUAAUUAAGUUUGCAAAAACUGCUGUGCCUUAAAGUAAUGGGGGGUGGGAGUAGGGAAUAGCACAAAGCACCUGAAAGGUCUUGUGGGCCUUAUUGGAUUCACUGUAGAUAUUCACUUCUGAAUAACAAUGUUUGUAGCUUCUGUUGGUUGUGCCAUCUUGUUUAUGUAUUAGAAUUGAUCAUCAGAGGGACUUAAAAGUUUUGCCAUUAAUUGCAUUAACAAGGACUGGUCACAACUGUUAUUUCUCUUCCAUUUGUUCAUUUUAUCUCACAGGACAUAUUAAAAUGGUUUUGGAGUUCUUCAAAAGUUUUUUUAUUUUGUCUAUUGGGGGGCCAGUCAUUCCAAAUACACUUUUUUCCAAAAAGGAUAUAAGGUGGUCUGUGGUUACAUAUUAAAUACAACAGGAUAACAAAGAGGUAGGUGAGAGAAUAAAAUGAAAAAAUAAGGUUAGGAGACAAAAUAGACCCAGGAAUAGGGCAUAUACAUACCGUUUUCCCCAAAAUAAGACAUCCUCCGAAAAUAAGACCUACUUACAGGAACGAUGAGACGUCCCCUGAAAAUAAGACCUAGCGCUUCUUUGGGAGCACACCUUAAAAUAAGACACUGUCUUAUUUUUGGGGAAACAGGGUAGAUAUGUAAUUGGGUGCUGAUGUUGCAGUCUGAUAUUUGGACAUUACUCCAUAUGAUUGCUCUGAGGGGGUAAACUUUGUGUAUUUUCAAAUGAUGAUGUGAAGUUUGAGGUAUCAACUAUCAGAUGUCCUUACUUUACUGGAAUUAGGUCAAUAAGCUUCUUACAGAAAAAGGAAACAGAACCCUACUAUAUAACUGCGUCCUUUUCCUUGGUCAUCCCAUCAUUUUCUGUAUUUCCUUUGCAUUCUUUACCUGGCUUUGUCCUUUUCCUGUUUUCUGCAUCCUCCCAGUUAUCUGCAUUAUUGCUUCUCAAACAUUAGACUUUUUAAGAUUCAGUUGGGUUGCUGAAAAUGCAGAUUCCCCAUCCCUUCCCAGAGACUACUAAACAUGGGCAGAAAUCUUAAUUUUUAACAAGGAUCCCAGGUAAUUUUGACGGAAGUGGCCCGAAAAUCACAUAAAUACUAGUUUAGCUCCUCUUAUGAAACCUUGUUAAACAUUCUGGAUUAAUGCAAAGUUCUAGUCACUUUUCAUAUUCCUUCUGACUUCCUACCUAGUGGGAAUAGCUACUUAGAGCCUUAAAAUAUGGUUAAUACCAAAGAUUAACCAAUAUGGUUAAUAUCAACUUCUAAGUGACCUUUCGUUCAAUGUAUUCUCUUCACACACCAGGAAAUGAAAGUAAACUAAGAGAACUGGUGUGGUAUAACUUGAAUCAUAGGGCAUGUUCAUAUUCAUGGACCCAAUCCCAAGUAGCCUCUAUCCCUCUAUCCUGUCAUACUUCAUGUUCCAAUUUCUAACUCAGUUUAUGAAAAAAAAAAAAGGUCCCUGGGAGUUAGAAGCAGAAGAAUGGACUUCUAUUUGCACAUGACUCCACUGAGCUGUUUCCCUGGGCUUUGGCAUCUGAAGAGACACUUUUGUUCAUAAACCAUAAACUUUUAUAGUUGAAAGAAACCAUGGAGAGUAUACCUCAUAAAAACCAGAGUGGCUCAGUGAGGUAAUUAGGUAGAAUUACAAAGCCUGGAUUAAACUUUUUUAUUUUAUCUCAGGGUUCCUUUGGUAAGUAAGUAUCUUCAUCUCUUUUACCUUUCUCCUGCCCCUUACAAUUCUGGGAAAAUAGUAAAAACCUUCACAUGUGUCCACUAAAUAAAAUUUAAGUAUUAUUAAGGAAUAUAAUCCAUAUCAGUUAAUUUUUCCAAGUAACUUAAAUUCAGAUGAUUUCAAUUUUUAAACAUAGAACCUAAAAUAUACCAAACCAUAACUAAUAAAUUAUAUUAGAAACUAUUGUCAAGGCCUUCAUAGUGAAUACCAAUUUUAUCACUUUUAGUGGCUUUCAGGCACUCAGGUUACUCAUUAAGUGUAGUGUCUCAAACCUCUUAUUUGUUGCUUCAAAUCCCUGCUGUGGUAACCAGUUUUGAGUGGGGUAGGGCUGGUGUCCUCCUCCUCUGAGGACUGUCUCACAAAUGGCUCUAGGCUCCUACUCACCCAUAAACUGCUUGGCACUUGGCAUGCUGUACCUCUUCAAGGUGUGGGGUGCACCCUCCCUUCCUCGAAUUCAGAGGCACAUUUCAUAAGUUCUGUCAAUACUAAGCACUACUGCCUGUAUCUUGGCCAACUUAGUAAAUACAUCAUUGAUAGGCUUUCCUUCCUUUUCUGCCACUUCACCACUCCUCUAGGGGAUCACUUCCCAAAUAAACGAACGUGUAAGAAACUUUUGUCUCGGGCUCUGCUUUUAGGAGAAUCAAGGCUAAAACAAGCAGUAAAGUAACACUGGUAGACAGAUUUUGCCACUAUAUAUUUUACUUUGUGAACACCUAUAUUAAAUAAAUCUUUUUUCAGCUUAAAACACUGAUGGUUAGAAUAAAAUAUUGAUUCUAUCGACUAUAAAACAACUGACAAUAUAUUCAGAAUUUUUUCUAAAAAAAAACACCACAAAGAUGGUUUAUAGCUUUAAUUUUAUAUCUAGCACUAUAGCUAUAACCUUUUUAUAUUCAGCCUCAUUUUGAAAAACUAAGCCAUUUAUGUGAAUAGUCAGUGGCAUCGUCAUAAAUUUUUUUUUCUGUUAGCUUCAGUUAUCUUUAUCUUUCUGUUCUGAAUCUUCUUUUUUUUUUGCAGUUUUUUGCCGGGGCCCAGGCUUUAAACCCCACCCCCCACCCCCAGUAUAUGGGGCCCGUGCCCUACUCCUUGAGCCACAGGCACCACCCUCUAUUCUGAAUCUUAAAUGUAUCAAGUCUAAACUAUCUCUGACUUUAUUCUCUUGCCUUUUGCAAAUUACUUCUCUGAGAGUUAGUUUUUGUUUUUCUGCUUUUUACUGGAAAAAAUAUUUCCCCCAUAACACUGUUUCUUUCCUGUGAUAAAUCUACCUGUGAAUCUUGUUAUAUUUGGUUGGUGUGGCUUUACAGCUAUGUAGCUGUCCUCACAUAUAUAAGGUGGCCAUAAAGUUCGUGUGCCAUUUUGAACAGUUGUCUAUUACCAUAUUACCUCGUGUGAUACCACUUCAUAUAAUUUUAAUAGCUUCAUUUAAUUAUAAUAGCUUUAUAGUUACAAAUGAGGUUUAGAGGAUUCAAGUAAUGUUCCCACCAUUCAGAACAUAGAGAACAUCAGAACUGGAACUGGAAUUCUGGUCUUUUGGGUGUUUCCAACCUGGAUUGACAAAUUUUAGCAAGAAGAUACUCAAAUAAGAACUUAAGACAAAGUAUUAAUUAUAGGCAUUUAUCCUCAUCUUGUCUGUCAAUGUUUAACAGAAAAGCAUCAUCAAUGCUUAAAAAAAAAGCAGCCCCUUUUACUUAGUCUAUUUUCUUAAAAGAUAAAAGCCCAAUAACACAGCAAAUGCUUCUCUACAUAGUAGUAAUUGGUUUUCAUUUUAUUGACUUUUGUCUGCUCUUGGUUGUCAACUUGUUAAAAUAAGAAAAUCAACUAGUAUCUGUCCUAGUGAACAGCAUUUUCAGUUAUUCAUAAACUUUAUUUUCUCCAGGCAAA